AUGAUCCGACUACCGACGUACGCGGCGUUCAGCCUGCUGGCGACGGCGUCGGCGGCGUACUACGCGUUCAGCAGCCGGGAGCAGUUCUACCCGGCGAUGGUGUACCUCUCCACGUCCAAGAUCUGCUUCGUGCUGCUCCUGAACACGGGCCUCGUUGCCAUGUGCGUCGCCUGGCAGCUCGCCAGGCGCCUCUUCCUCGGCUCGCUCCGGGAGGCCGAGGUUGAGCGUCUCAACGAGCAGGCCUGGCGGGAGGCCAUCGAGAUCCUCUUCGCUGUCACCAUCUUCCGGCAGGACUUUUCGGUGUCCUUCCUCGCCAUGGUCGCCGCGCUGCUCCUCGUCAAGGCGCUGCACUGGCUCGCGCAGAAGAGGGUCGAGUACAUCGAGACCACGCCCUCCGUGCCCUUGCUCUCGCACAUCAGGAUCGUCUCCUUCAUGGUUUUCCUGCUCACCGUCGACUGCCUCUUCCUGUCUAACUCGCUCAGGUCACUCAUACAGAAGCGGGAGGCAUCCGUUGCCAUCUUCUUCUCCUUUGAGUAUAUGAUACUAGCAACAUCCACAGUAUCAACAUUCGUGAAGUAUAUAUUCUAUGUCAGUGACAUGCUAAUGGAAGGUCAAUGGGAGAGAAAGGCAGUUUAUACAUUUUACUUGGAGCUCAUCAGUGACCUUGUGCACUUGUCAUUAUACAUGCUCUUCUUUAUAGCUAUCUUCCUGAAUUAUGGUGUCCCGCUGCACUUGAUUCGUGAGCUAUAUGAGACCUUCCGCAACUUCAGAAUUCGCAUUGCAGAUUAUGUACGCUACAGAAAGAUCACUUCCAACAUGAAUGAGCGCUUUCCAGAUGCUACAGCAGAAGAGCUCGAUGCGAGUGAUGCUACAUGUAUUAUUUGCCGUGAGGAGAUGACUACAGCAAAGAAACUGCUCUGCGGGCAUCUGUUCCAUGUGCAUUGUCUAAGGUCUUGGCUAGAGCGCCAGCACACUUGCCCUACAUGCAGAGCUCCAAUCAUUCCCGCAGAUAAUGGACGUGCUGCAUCAGUUCGACAACAUGGAGCUCAAGCUGGAGUUCAGCCUGAAGGAGCACCAGGUGAGAACAUGAGCAGGCGCCAAGCAAAACUUGAAGCUGCUGCAGCGGCAGCUUCUUUAUAUGGAAGAUCUUUUGUUUAUCCUCCAGCAAACACCCUAAACAGGUCCGGUCCUCCCCAGUCUACAUCAAGGACACCACAAUCUGAAGCAAGUAGCUCCAAUCAGUCACAAAAAGACCAAGAAAUGCAGUUCCGAAACAGCACCGACGGUUUAGUGCCUCUGCCUUUUAAUUCAAAUGGUGCUUUUGGUUCAGGAACAAGCACAAGGGAUCUUGAAAAUUCACUGCAGAAGGCACAGGAAAACUUUAUUAAGAGUCAGAUUGAGGUAUCUGUGUGA